GUCUCAUAAUCAAGAAAAGGAGAAACACAGAGAGAGAGAAAAACUAUGAGAACCCCCCCCACCCCGUGAUUAUCAGCGCACAUACUCAUCGAAAAAAAAAUUGGAUUAUUAGAAGAGAGAGGUCUGCGGCUUCCACACCGUACAGCGUGGUUUUUCUUCUCGGUAUAAAAGCAAAGUUGUUUUUGAUACGUGACAGUUUCCCACAAGCCAGGCUGAUCCUUUUCUGUCAGUCCACUUCACCAAGCCUGCCCUUGGACAAGGACCCGAUGCCCAACCCCAGGCCUGGCAAACCCUCGGCCCCUUCCUUGUCCCUUGGCCCAUCCCCAGGAGCCUCGCCCAGCUGGAGGGCUGCGCUCAAAGCCUCAGAACUGCUGGGGGCCCGGGGCCCAGGGGGAACCUUCCAGGGCCGAGAUCUUCGAGGCGGGGCCCAUGCCUCCUCCUCCUCCUUGAACCCCAUGCCACCAUCGCAGCUGCAGCUGCCCACACUGCCCCUAGUCAUGGUGGCACCCUCCGGGGCACGGCUGGGCCCCUUGCCCCACUUACAGGCACUCCUCCAGGACAGGCCACAUUUCAUGCACCAGCUCUCAACGGUGGAUGCCCACGCCCGGACCCCUGUGCUGCAGGUGCACCCCCUGGAGAGCCCAACCAUGAUCAGCCUCCCACCACCCACCACCACCACUGGGGUCUUCUCCCUCAAGGCCCGGCCUGGCCUCCCACCUGGGAUCAACGUGGCCAGCCUGGAAUGGGUGUCCAGGGAGCCGGCACUGCUCUGCACCUUCCCAAAUCCCGGUGCACCCAGGAAGGACAGCACCCUUUCGGCUGUGCCCCAGAGCUCCUACCCACUGCUGGCAAAUGGUGUCUGCAAGUGGCCCGGAUGUGAGAAGGUCUUCGAAGAGCCAGAGGACUUCCUCAAGCACUGCCAGGCAGACCAUCUUCUGGAUGAGAAGGGCAGGGCGCAAUGUCUCCUCCAGAGAGAGAUGGUACAGUCUCUGGAGCAGCAGCUGGUGCUGGAGAAGGAGAAGCUGAGUGCCAUGCAGGCCCACCUGGCUGGGAAAAUGGCACUGACCAAGGCUUCAUCUGUGGCAUCAUCCGACAAGGGCUCCUGCUGCAUCGUAGCUGCUGGCAGCCAAGGCAAUGUUGUCCCAGCCUGGUCUGGCCCCCGGGAGGCCCCUGACAGCCUGUUUGCUGUGCGGAGGCACCUGUGGGGUAGCCAUGGAAACAGCACAUUUCCAGAGUUCCUCCACAACAUGGACUACUUUAAGUUCCACAACAUGCGACCCCCUUUCACCUACGCCACGCUCAUCCGCUGGGCCAUCCUGGAGGCUCCAGAGAAGCAGCGGACACUCAAUGAGAUCUACCACUGGUUCACACGCAUGUUCGCCUUCUUCAGAAACCAUCCUGCCACCUGGAAGAACGCCAUCCGCCACAACCUGAGUCUGCACAAGUGCUUUGUGCGGGUGGAGAGUGAGAAGGGGGCUGUGUGGACCGUGGAUGAGCUGGAGUUCCGCAAGAAACGGAGCCAGAGGCCCAGCAGGUGUUCCAACCCUACACCUGGCCCCUGACCUCAAGAUCAAGGAAAGGAGGAUGGACGAGCAGGGGCCAAAUUGGUGGGAGGCAGAGGUGGCGGGGGCAGGGAUGACAGGCCCUGGAUGUGCCCACAGGGACCAAGAAGUGAGGUUUCCACUGUCUUGCUUGCCAGGGCCCUUGUUCCCCCGCUGGCAGCCACCCCCUCCCCCAUCAUAUCCUUUGCCCCAAGGCUGCUCAGAGGGGCCCCAGUCCUGGCCCCAGCCCCCACCUCCGCCCCAGACACACCCCCCAGUCGAGCCCUGCAGCCAAACAGAGCCUUCAUAACUAGCCACACACAGCCUGCCUCAGCUGCUCGCACAGACGACUUCAGGGCUGGAAAAGUCACACAGACACACAAAAUGUCACAAUCCUGUCCCUCACUCAACACAAACCCCAAAACACAGAGAGCCUGCCUCAGUACACUCAACCUCAAAGCUGCAUCAUCACACAAUCACACACAAGCACAGCCCUGACAACCACAUACCCCAAGGCAUGCACCCACAGCCAGCCUCAGGGCCCACAGGGGCACUGUUACACAGGGGCGUGCCCAGAGGCCUACACAGAAGCGGCGUCAGUACCCUCAGGAUCUGAGGUCCCAACACAUGCUCGCUCACACACACGGCCUGUUAGAAUCCACCUGUGUAUCUCAUGCAUAUGCACACGCACAGCCCCCCAGUGGGUCUGUUGAGUCCCGUGCAGACACACACAGCCACACACACUGACUUGCCAAAAAUGCCCCGUGUCUCCCCUGCCACUCACCUCACUCCCAUUCCCUGAGCCCUGAUCCAUGCCUCAGCUUAGACUGCAGAGGAACUACUCAUUUAUUUGGGAUCCAAGGCCCCCAACCCACAGUACCAUCCCCAAUAAACUGCAGCCAAGCUCCCCACA